CUCUUUUCUCUAUCUCUCUGCAUCAAGAUGGUCAAGUUCUUAAAGUCAGGAAAGGUCGCCGUCAUCCUCAACGGUCGCUACGCCGGCAAGAAGGCCGUCAUCGUGAAAAAUAUCGAUGAGGGAACCAAGGAGCGCGGUUACGGUCACGCUCUUGUUGCUGGUGUCGAGCGUUACCCCCUCAAGAUCACCAAGAACAUGGGCAAGAAGCGCGUCGCCAAGCGCUCCAAGGUCAAGCCUUUUAUCAAGGUUAUCAACUAUAACCACUUGAUGCCCACCCGCUACGGCCUGGAGUUGGAGACCUUGAAGUCUGUCCUCACCGUCGACUCUUUCAAGGAGCCCUCCCAGCGCGAGGAAGCCAAGAAGGCCAUCAAGAAGCUCUUCGAGGAGAGAUACAACAGCGGCAAGAACAAGUGGUUCUUCACCAAGCUCCGUUUCUAAACGAU